AUGGGACGCUCCGACAAUCCAGCGAGAUGGCGCAAGCUGGUGGCUGGCAAUGGGAAGAGUCCUGCCCGGGAGCCGAUUGCCCUGCGCUCGACCAAGUUGAACCACCUCGUCUUGGGUCGGGCCAGCUGCUCCCUGCCGAACCGCCACCUAGCCAGCCGGGACAGCCUGCUGGAUGCUCUGUUUUCCCUCUACGAUGAAUGCAACCGCGAGGUUCUGCGCAGGGACAAGAACAUCUCCCUGUUCCUGGAUAAAUACCGUACCAUAGUGCAGGACUUGCGGCAGCUGCGAGUGAGCAUUGCGGACUUUGAGGUGAAGACGGUCAUCGGUCGCGGCCACUUUGGCGAUAUCCGCAUGGUCAAGGAGAAGGCUACCGGUGACAUCUACGCCAUGAAGAUUUUGCGCAAGGAUGACACCCUCUGUCAGCGAGAGGUGGCAUUCUUUGAAGAGGAGCGGGACAUCCUGGCACGGGCGGCACAGACGGGUCCCUGGUUGACCAGGCUGCAGUAUGCCUUCCAGGACACCGGCCACCUCUACCUGGUCAUGGAGUUACUACCUGGUGGUGACCUGUUCAACUUGAUUGACCGUUCGGGGGGCCUGCUGCCCGAAGACGAGGCUCGCUUCUACCUCGCCGAGCUCACGCUAGCCAUCCAUGCACUGCACUCUCUGGGAUAUGCGCACAGGGACAUAAAGCCCGACAAUGUGCUUAUUGACCGCACAGGCCACAUCAAGCUGGCUGAUUUUGGAUCAGCUGCCAAGCUGUGCGACAAGAAAAGCAUUUCAAGUAGCCUUCCUGUCGGCACACCUCACUAUGUGGCGCCUGAGGUGCUUAGUUCCAUCAGCGGGGGCCUCAAUGCCUGUGCCACGGUCCAGGGCCCAGCUGUGGACUGGUGGUCCCUGGGUGUGCUUGCCUACGAGAUGCUGUAUGGCUUCAACCCUUUCGCUGAUGACCGCAUCGUCGUCACCUACAACAGGAUCAUGAAUUUCAAUAUUAACGGCGUCUUCGAUGCAGCUGGUGAAAUUCUCACCUGGCUGCUGGGUGCAUCCGUGCAAGCAUUGUUCGGCCUGAAGUUUACGGACAGCAGGAUGAUCAAAGACUUGCGUGAAGAGACCCUGGACUACGUAAAGGACCCGCCAUUAUCUGAGAUAACCAUAAAGGUGCUGCAAGGCUUGCUUACCACGGCCGACAAGCGGUUCUCCUACGACGACAUGUGCCGUCACGAGUUCUUCGCUCCAAUAGACCUGGAUAAUAUAAGACAGACUGUGCCCCCGUUUGUGCCGAACCUCACCGGGGAGGAAGACACGUCUAACUUCUACGAGUUUGAGGACGAGCCCGCACGUGCCAAGAUUCCAGCCUUGCGGGAUCAGAAGCGUGGCUUCGAGGGCACGAGCCUGCCAUUUGUGGGCUUCACUCACACCCAGAAUGCCAGCAAUGCAGCCCUGGAGAGAACGGUGAGCUUCCUGGAUGUGGGCUCUCCGAUGCGCGAGACCCUGAGCUCGGGGGCAUCGCUCCGACGGCGCAGCCAGCGCCAGGAGCAACUGCUGUCCGAGGUGACCCAGAGGGAGGAGAGCUUGCGCCAGGAGGCACGAGAGGCCCGGACUCGUCUAGACCAGGCACAGACUCAGCUGGCCGCCCUCGAGAGCAGCCUGGUCGAUGCGGAAGCCCGCGAGGCACAGCUGCGCUCGGAUAACCAGAACCUGAACAUGUUGGUGGAGCUGGAGCGCAAGAACCGUCUGAUAUCGGAGGAGAAGGCGGUGCAGCUGCUCAAUGCCAUGAAGCGCAAGUACCGCAGGCAAGACGAACUUCUGCGGAGUGGCUACUUGUGA